GAGGGAAGGAGAGACAGCACAUGCAGAGAGGAGCUGGGACGAUACUCAGAACAGUAGAGCUGUCAGGCUGCGAGGAGGCAGCAGAGAGACGAAUUCGUCUUUUCUUGGAAUACAUUCUCUUCAACUCUGAAGCCCACACACACAUAUUAACUCACAAAUGUGCAGAUGGUGAUGUGUGUGUGUGAGUGCUGCUCUUAGAAAAAGGAGUGAAUUAUUCUAAGGAGCUCGACUUACUCAAAGCUGAAGCACUUGGACUGUGGAGAGUGUUUGGUUUCAGCGUUUUGUGGACCAAAACUAUAAAAGGAUUCAUAUUGUGUCUUUACUCAUCAAAUAUUUUUACAGGUAAGGCUUUACCUGACGAAAGACUGAGGCUUUGGACUAAAAAAAAAACUUCCCAUCUACAAAGCUUUGUUAGUUGGCUGAACUGAGCAGGUUGGAACUCAGAGCCUAUGAUGAGGAGGAAGAUGUAUUGGCUGGUGACAGCAGUCCUGUUAUCCCAUCUCGGACCCCCUUUGACGGGAGCAUGGAGAGCAUCUCAGCCACGACUGCAGCUUACCCACUCUGAGCUCAUCCAGAACGGCCGGCUGCUGACGCUGCCGCUAGCGGCUGGAGACCUGCACUCCCUGCUGCCCGACGAAGACAGGAAGCGCCUGUAUGUGGCCUUGAAAGAUAAUCUUCUCUCCACCAGCCUGGAUGACAUAACGCAGAACCCACGAAAGCUGCAUUGGCCAGCUAGUCCGGACCGUGUCCAAGAAUGUCUCAUGGCUGGGAAGGAUCCAGAGCUGGAGUGUGCUAACUUCCUGCGAGUUCUGCAGCCGUAUAAUCAGACUCACCUGUAUGUGUGUGGUACCGGGGCCUUCAACCCCCGCUGUGCAUUCAUAGCUACCAGUAUUUUCCAUCAGUCAGAGCACCAGACUCUUUCUUACAGCCAGACAGAGUGUGGGAAAGGGAAAUGCCCCUAUGAUCCAUUCCAGAAAACAGCUUCUGCUGUUGUCGAUGGAGAACUAUAUGCCGGCAUUACCUCAGACUUUAUGAGCCGGGACUCUGCUUUCUUUCGUAGUCUUGGCAGCCGGCACGUCAUCCGCACUGAGCAGUACGAUUCCACCUGGCUGCAGGAUGCCCAGUUUGUGCGGGUAGCGCCACUGUCUGAAACUGAUAACCAAGAAGAUGAUAAAGUCUACGUGUUCUUCACUGAGCGCGCUCAGGAGGCAGAAGGGGCCGGUGGGAAAGUGCUCUACUCCAGAGUGGCACGUGUGUGCAAGAAUGACAUUGGAGGCCAGAGGAGUUUAGUCAAUAAGUGGAGCACCUUCCAGAAGGCCCGUAUGGUGUGUUCAGUCCCAGGACCAGACGGCCUGCAGACACAUUUCGACCAGCUGCAAGACAUAUUUAUUCUCCAUGGGAAAGACAAGAAGAAUCCUCUCAUCUAUGGCUUGUUUACCACUUCAAGUGAUAUCUUGAAUGGUUCAGCGGUAUGCGUUUAUCGAAUGGAGGAUGUGGUUCGAGCUUUUAAAGGAAACUUCCUGCAUAAGGAGGGGCCUCAGUAUAAAUGGGCAGAGUUUACAGGCAAGGUGCCUUAUCCACGGCCCGGAACUUGUCCAAGCAGCACAUAUGGCAGCUACAGCUCAACCAGAGAGUAUCCAGAUGACGUCAUUUUCUUCAGCAGGACUCACCCGCUGCUGCAGGAAAAUGUGCUGCCGCUGGGAGAACGCCCCCUUCUGGUCAGAGUGGGCGUCCACUAUAAGUUCAGCAAACUGCUGGUGGACAGGGUGGAGGCUGUGGAUGGCACUUAUGAUGUCCUCUUUAUCGGCACAGACUCAGGACUUGUGCUAAAAGCCAUCCAUCUUCCCAGAGAGCAUUCUCAAAGUCAGGAGGUGACUCUGGAGCAGCUGCAGGUCUUUCAGCACAAAUCACCAGUGACAGCAAUGGCUCUCUCAAAGAAAAAGCAGUGGCUCUUUGUGGGCUCCAGGGAGGGUGUGUCCCAGCUGGCCCUGUACCAAUGCGAGCUUUAUGGCCAGGCCUGCGCUGAGUGCUGCUUGGCCAGGGAUCCCUACUGCACCUGGGACGGACAUGCUUGCAGUCCCUACAUGCCCACUGUGCGACGGAGAAAUGCUCGUCAUUUAGGGGAGGAUGAAGAUCCACUGAAUCAAUGUGUCAGACAAGGAGCUGGGCUGCAGGUGGAGGCGGAGCACAGAGUUAUGAUGGUUGCCGAGGGUAACAGCACUUACCUGGAAUGCCUGCCUCGAUCUCGACAUGCUGCAGUGACCUGGUAUAAACAGGCUGGAGAGAAUAGUCCUGAACUAAACCAGGUAGUAACAGGUGACCAGCUGGUGGUGAUUGAGCGGGGAAUUCUGAUUCGCCAAGCUGAGCUAACUCAUGGUGGCAUGUACCACUGUCAGGUUGAGGAGCACGGCUAUCAUUGGACUGCGGUCACUGUCCGUCUUGCUGUUUGGAGCCCGUCAGCCAGCCGCGUACUCGCUUCCUUGUCCAGUUCAUCCUAUCAGAAAACAGGAACCCAGCCGUGGUACGAGGAUGUGAUGGCAUUGAUUCAUCCAGGAAACCUGGGCCAGCACUGCAAGGCUCUGGGGUACCGCCCACCACGCAACAACCGUCGUCAUGGUGACAUCAUGACAGCACUGCACAAGGAGCAAGCGAAGGGAGAGAAGCUCAAACAUGGGGGAGGUGGACGUGCAGCAGGGAGGAAGAGCAGGAGCAAGCCGCAGCAGAGGGCACCGAGGAGCGCUUGAGCCCAGAUGUUCAGAGACUUAACACACAGUGUUUUGUGUGGCUUUCACACAAACACACACAUGCACACGUGCACACACUUAACUUAUACACUGAGACACACACACACAUAUGUACAGAGACUACUUCUUGUGCAUGAAUUUAUCUGCAAACAAAAACAGCGUCCUCUCUUUCUUGUCAUAAACAUUAAAGCUACCUACACAUAAUCUUCUGAAGUAAGUAGAGGAGGAUUCAGAACAGCAGAGGACUGUUUCACUUGGACAAAUGACUUUGUUUAUAAAAAAAUCUGUAGAGUAGCUGGUUGUGUAGCAUGUUGAAUGAAGGAUGAACUGCAUGGUCAGAUCACUCUGUUUGACUGACUACGUCGUGACGAGGAGUUUGGACUGGGAAUUUUUACAUUUGGAACUUCCAGGGAGUGUUGUACCAGAACUUCAAAUCCAACAGUAGAAAACAUACAACCCCUUUUUAAACUAUUGCUUCAUUACAAAACCGCAUUGGUGGCUUUAUGCUUUACCCAUUAAAUGCAAAUCACAAACACAAUUAUUCUUCAAAGCUAAACAGAUGUUUUUAAAUUGGUUUUCUACCUUCAAGGCAAAAUUUCACUUCUGUUCCUUUUGGUGACCUUGAAAGGUCAUGCUGGAGAGAUAAAGGGUAUCAUAGUUGCAAAAAGCUUUUUAUAAACUUUGUAUAAUGCUCAGAUUCCAAGGGCACGCCAUCCUCAGACAUCUGAGAAUUGAGGGUCAACUGCUUAAAAGCAUUUCAUGGAAGAACCAUGCGGCUGGAAAGAGAACAAAAAAGAGACAAGCACAUCUACAAUAUGUGCUGAAAAGAAUGUAUAUGUUGUACACCAGUCAACUGUCAAACAUCUGUUGUGCAACUAAACAAAAAAGAAAUUCUUACUGGAAUUAAAUUAUUUGGAAAAUAAUAAGCAGUUAUUGAUAAUCAAGGGGUGAAAUCAUUCAAACUCUAGUAUUUAAGCAUCCAGAUAGGAAUUUAACUCAGUAGCAACUUUGAGAAAACCAAUUAGGCCUAUUUAGAUCAUGAGGAACUAACCUUGAUGUUUUUAACCCCCCCCUAAUUGAUAUAUAACCUAUAACACAGUCAUCUAGUUCACACACACUGAGGGCUUUGUUUCUUUGUAAAGGUGCGGUCCAGCCACGAGAUGACAGACUGCAACCACAAAGAGGCAAAGAAAAAGCAUGAUGAUGGCUUUGAUGGGGCUGCAUAUCAACUUUCCCAGGACAUUAGUGCCCCGUGUUGCAGCCGUUCACACACACACAUACACACACACGCAUUCACACACUGCAGGACGUGUUUGGUUCAGAGGCAUUGCUGGCUCUGAUUUUGUUCUUUGUGGCAACAAAAUGAACAAAAGACCAAAUGUUUCAUCCUUUUUUGAGUGCUGGUUUACUUUCUCUGGAGUCUGUCAUUCAUACACUUUACAGCUAUAGGAAACACGCUACGGAUUUUAAGAAAUGUCUGCAUUAACAGGAAAAAAAAAAAAAAUCUUCCUCCCUGAUGUUCAGAAUUGAAUGUUUUUUUAAAAAAUGGCUUUAAUGAGGGUCAUAAUUAAAAUAAGCACUACCAGACAUUUAGGGAAGACACAGAGGAAUUUUUUGUACUGCUACGAUUUGAAAUCAUGUCUCAUAAGUUUUAAAAAUGGACAAUUUUAAAGCUCUGUAUCUCUUAAAGAAAAAAAUCUGUUUUACUGUGACUUUGGUUGUGACAGUUAUUUUAGCACAUAGAGCACUGUAAAAUAUUAAGAUGUACUUAAAAGAUUUUCCGCUUAUAUCUGAUACCACAUGAACAAGGAAACACAUUUUGAAGUGGACUGAAAUGAGAGCCCUUGUACAUAACAUGCAUGUUUUGUUUUGUUUUUUAACUAUGGGCCAUUGGUGACUUUAAGUGAGUAACAGAGUGCUGUUCCAGCUGGUGAUGACAUCUGACUGCAAAGUAUGAAACCAGCCCACUGUACAAUAAAGAAGCUAUUAUUUUACAAAGUUGGAACUGGAUAAAGUGCUAAACGGGACUGACGUCUGGUGGACUCUGGCCUGUGAGGCUUGAAUGGAUUCAGUAACUUUGCAAGAUGAUAAAUUGUGAUUUGUUCUUGAUGUUUAAAUGUAAAACCAACACUUCUUCCACAAGUGUUUUUUACUUGCCCAUCUGGGUAAUAUUUAAAAGUAAAACUGUGUCAUUAUGAGGCUGCAGGAACUAAAGUGUAAAAAAUUGUUAGUUUUUGUAGUUUUUAUUUUUUGUUUCCUUUAAAGUUGCUCCUUCUCAGAAGAAACCAAAAGCUUCAAUCACACCUUCAAGCCUAACAUUACUGCAGUGUUUAUGGAUAACAUUGUUUUAGAAAUGGAAAAGUCUUGUUAAAUCCAUAUGAGAGAAUAAAGUGUGUGACAGAGAGCCAACCAGUCUAACAAAAUUAAACCUUAACUUUAAUUUGUAUGGUCUACAUGCAUUUUGAGGUUGAAUAAUAACAACUUUGUGUAUAUUUAAUUCACUCCACAUGAUGAUGCUUAGCAGGCAAAGCCAUCUGUAAUAUAUCCCAUUUUAGGUCCUGCAGGAUCCUGAUACCUUUGCUUUUACAGUUGUAUUUCUGCACAGGAAAACCUCUGUGUGUUCGGGUGUGUUUGACAUUAGCAGAAUCUGGGUAAGAGCUCUCACAAAAGUUCACAGACUAAACUAGUAAAUCUGCCAAAUUUGGGAAAUCAGCGUUAGACUGGAGACAUUUCUGAUGCUUUAAGAAAAAUAAACUAGAGCAACUCAAAGCAAAGUGGGUGCAGAAAGUUAAUGUGGGUUUGGCUUUUUUGGCUUCUUGGUUUUUGCCUCCUUGGCUUCAACCACAUAAAAGAACCCACCAAUGCUGAGCUGCUUCUGCACAUGUGUUUAAAAAUGGAGGAGAAAAAAAGACCAUUUAUCAAAUGAAACUGUGUAAAUGUCAUGGAGAUACAAAAUUAAAAAGUGUGUGAUGGAGUGUGUGAAGCUAGCUACUUAAUUCUUAUGUAGUCAGCAAUCCUUUUAUGACGUUGCCAAUAACAAAUAGUCAAAGUCUUGUAUAGGUUUUCAAAUGAUAAUACCCUAAUAAUUGCUGUGUAGUCAUAUCAUGGACUUCACUAUAUAGCAUUUGAUGUGCACCAAUGUUGUAUCUCAGUUAUGUUUUCUGUCAGUAUUUUAAGAUGACUGUCCAUAUAUGUAGCAAAAUGAGACUUAAGCCUAUUUUAGCCAUCUUAAAUACUUUAUAAGCAUUCAAAACACCUUAGGCCAUUGAAAUGGCCAUUUGUAGUCAGAAUUAGAGUAUCUGAAGCCAAUGCUAAUAGCAUGCAGCUUAAUUAAACUCUAAGUCUGAAAAGAGAGGCAGUAGUUACAGUCGGUCUGUUCAAGUUGAAAUGUUGAGUGGCAUAUCUGUUCAGAGAAAAUUAAACAAACAGAAAUGUCAAAAGUACAAGAGGUGAAUUUCUUAAUGAAGUAACAUAUCUAUGGAAUUGUGUUAGAGCUCGAAAUCAUGCAUAACUAAGCAUGUGGCAGGUUUGACAGGUGUAGCAUCAAAGGUCUGAGACUUUCAAUAGGUUGUGUUGGAAAUGGGAAUUUUAAUAACAGUAGCCAUAAGAAAGUACUGCUAACGGAAAAGUUAGCAGUGGAGGCUAGCUAGUAGAGCUAGCAUAACUUUGCUGUUCAUGUUGAGCAGCGAUUUAUUUUGGCUAUUUGAGAAAUAAGGGCGGCUUCUCCUGCACACCUUCAAGCAAACAAAGCAAAGUUACUUCUUUUAGGUUUCAAAUGAUAUAUUUUGCAUUUAAUCAACCACCAAUGUAAUUUUCCUUUAGAAUAUUCCAGCAGUUAACCCAAACAUCACAUCCAACUACCUAAAAAUAUGAAAGUAAUCAUGCUUGUGUCAACCCUGGUUUGAGGAUUUUGUGUUUACAUGAGUGUGUAAGGAGUAUUCGACAGAUCCAAACAUCUCUUUAGUCUGUGGCAGAGCUCCUAUGAGACAUUUUUAUGUUCAACCAUUCUAAACAAUGAGUGUUUCCCCUCAACGAUGUGGUACAGAAGUGGUCCUCAUUCAUUGCAGGGGCCUUGUACGCUUUACUGUUACGCUGUAUUUACAUCUUUGUGCCAGUACUCAUCGCUUGCGAUUUUCCAGAACAGCUUCUCUGCAACUGGAACGGACCUGUCAUCAAAUGAUCUCCACUCAUAUGCUGAGACUUUGUUUUUCUUUUUGUAAAUAUGUAUAAAUGUCUGCUUGCAAAUGA